AUGCAGCCCUCGUGGCUGCACCGCGCCGUCUUCUGCGCCCGGCGGUGCCUCCCCGCAUCCUCCCGCCUCUCCAGUAACCCCAAUUGCCUCCCGUCCGAACAUGCCUCCACGCGGUCCGUAGCCAACGCCGCGGCGGAGCUCACGCCCGAAUCCCCACCCGGUCCAAAUCUCCCCGUGAUGCUGAAGACCAGACGCGUGCCGAUUAUGCUCUACGCGCCUCCGGAGGAGGUGGAGACGGAGGCCCUCAAGCAGCUGAUCGCGGUCGCGGAGUCCCCGCUGCCCGUGGGCUUCGUGUCCGCCAUGCCGGACGUGCACCUGGGAAAGGGCGUGACGAUCGGAUCCGUAUUCGCCAGCGAGAAGUAUGUGUGCCCCAAUGCCGUGGGCGUGGACAUCGGAUGUGGAAUGUGCGCGGUGCCGAUGGCGGGACUGCAUAAGGACGACCUGGACAUGGACAAGAAGCGGAGGAUCCAGGCCCUGGUAAAGCAGCGGAUUCCCACCGGGUUCAACGAGCACCGGGCCCCGCUGCCGGGCGCCUGGGAGGCGAUCGAUCGGAUGAGCGGCGAGAAGCCGCCCACCAGGCGGCUGGAGAGGGAGAUCGGGACCAAGAAGAAGAUUCCGAACCAGCUGGGCACGCUGGGUGGCGGGAACCACUUUCUGGAGGUGGUGUGCGAUGAGGACGGUAUGGUGUGGAUCAUGCUGCAUUCGGGGAGCAGGAACGUGGGCAACACGACUGCGCAGUUCUACGACCGGCUGGCGAGCGACCUGCUGGCCAAGAGGCGGCUCAGGAGCUAUCCGGGGCUGAACUACUUGGAGAUUGAGUCUGAGGAGGGCCGGCAGUACCUGCAGGACAUGCUGUGGUGCCAGGCCUAUGCCAUGAAUAACAGAAUGUUCAUGCGGGACAUCAUGAUCGACGUGAUGAACGAGGUCACUGGGCGGCUCCCGGAGAUGGAGCGCUCCAUCAACAUCCACCACAACUACUGCAACUGUGAGCGCUGCCAAUACACGGACCCCACCACAGGGGAGGCGGUGGACAAGAUGCUGUGGGUGACGAGGAAGGGCGCCACGAGUGCACAGCCCGGACAGUAUGGCAUCAUACCGGGCAGCAUGGGUACAGGAUCGUACAUCACGCGGGGCAAGGGCCAGCCAAAAUCGUGGAGCUCCUGCUCGCACGGAGCAGGCCGCAAGAUGUCUCGCACCAAGGCCGUCAGGGCGAUCCACCAGGAGGCGUUCGAGAGGGCGAUGAAGGGCGUCGUGUGUGACACAAACAGAAAGGUGAGGGACGAGGCGCCCCAGGCAUACAAGGACUUGAAUGAGGUGAUGGCCAACCAGCGGGAGCUGGUGGAGGUUGUGCACAGGCUGAUGCCUUUGGUGAACGUCAAGGGUUUCUGA